CGGAAGAGCAGAAMAAUAAUGACGUCAGACMUGGGUCACAGMGAAGUCACAUGAGGCGUAAUAAAAUUUCCAUCUCGCUUUUGCAGAUUUUCAGUAAGAUAUUACUAUUAAACAAAGUAAUAGCGAGUUAACCGAUAGUUUGCCAAAACGAUAAAAACAUGGACGAGGACGGUUUACCGAUUGUGGGAUCAGGAAUAGAUCUGACCAAGGUCCCAGCCAUACAACAGAGGAGAGUCGUUGCCUAUCUCAACCAGUUCAUAGUGCACACUGUCCGCUUCCUCAAUCGUUUUUCGACAGUUUGCGAAGAGAAACUUGCAAGCAUAUCUCUUCGGAUACAGCAGAUUGAAACUACCCUCAGCAUUUUGGAAGCAAAGCUAUCCUCUAUUCCUGGUUUGGAGGAUGUCAGGGUGGAGGGUGUUGGUCAGCGGCCAGCUACAGAGGUCAAUGGUCCAGUCGCAGUUGUGGUCCCAAGUCAACCAGAGACCCCUAUAGCUUUGGCUGUGCCAUUGCCUAACCGGAAUGUUGCUGGUUGGAAUCCCAGAGCCGACUAGGUGAAACAURUGUCUGUGCCCUUGAGCAAAGCACUUAUUGCUCCGGUAAGUCGCUCUGAAUCAGAGUGUCUGCUAAAAGACAAAAAUGUAUUUGUGCUUUAGUCACAUUUGUUUUAUUAUUUUGACAAUGAUGUCUGCAUGUUACACUUGUGAGAGGGUGAUAUGUUGUGUGUAUCUCAUGUCCAUAAAAAUGUUUGACAACAUUUGAUGGGUACUAUUUUACACUACAACUGCUGGAUGUCAAGCAGAAAUGUUGAGGACUGUUCUCUGGCCGAUUUGUCAUUUUUAAGACAUUAAGCUGUUGAAAUGUAAAUGUUCCUGGAGUGAACAAUGUGAAGGAGAAAUGUAAGAAAAUUGCACUUUUGGGUAAAUAUAUAAUGGGGAAAAAACACCACUAGUUGUGAGCAAUGUGUCAAUUGCAAUGGUACUGUGUAGGCUAAAUUAACAGUAGUAUCUAAUGUGAAUUCACCUCAAUCUUCUAAAAUGAUGCAUCUUAAUCCCAGAUUUAACCAUGUGUGACUAACCAUGUUAGCAAGCCUUUCAGGCCCUUGGAUCCCACUGCAUUAUGCCUUUAAGUCAAGAUAGUUUUAUACAACAUCCCUUUUAUCCAAACAAAUGCUCAGAGAUCCAAAUCAUCUUCACAUUGUUUGUAGUCGUCUCUGGACAGAACACUGCAGUGAUGGGAGUUUUUCAAUUGAUUAUGAWAGAGGGUAGAUGGAGAGGUGUUAGAAGAUUAGAAAGCACGUUGUUCACAAGCGCAAGGCAAGCAGCAUUGAGAUCUGAGUGUUUAUGCAGUUUAGCCGUAAAAAUAAAGAACACAUUUUGCUUAAA